AUGAUUCUUGCUGUCCUCGUGGGCUUCCUGUACUUGGGAGUGGCCUCAGCUGCUCCAACACCAGAUUACAGUUUGGAUGCCGAAUGGGAGGAGUGGAAAAGGAGCAAUGAUAAAACAUACAGCCAAGAGGAAGAAAGGCAGAGGAGAGCAGUAUGGGAAGAAAAUGUGAAAAUGUUCAAACUGCUCAAUAUGGAGAAUGGCCUGGUGAUUAACAACUUCACUGUAGAGAUGAAUGAAUUUGGUGACAUGACUGGUGAGGAAAUGAGGAAAAUGAUGAUGGAGAGCUCAGUUCUGACUCUAAGGAAUGGGAAACGCAUCCAGAAACGAGGAGAUGUCAAAUUUCCCAAAACUUUGGAUUGGAGAACACAAGGCUAUGUGACUCCUGUGCGGAGGCAGCUAGGUUGUGGUGCUUGCUGGGCUUUUGCUGUGGCUGGUUCCAUAGAAGCACAGCUGUUCAAGAAAACAGGCAGACUGAUCCCACUGAGUGUACAGAACCUAGUGGACUGUUCUACACCUUAUGGCACUGAUGGCUGUAAAGGGGGCAGAAUCUAUAAUGCCUUCCAGUAUGUGAAGUACAAUGGAGGUCUGGAGGCUGAGGCAACCUAUCCCUAUGAAGCAAAGGAUGGAAAAUGCAGGUACAGCCCUGAACGCUCUGUUGUUAAGAUCGACCGCUAUUUGAUUGUCCCAAGGAAUGAAGAAGCCCUACUGAAUGCGUUAGUGACCAAUGGGCCCAUUGCCGUUAGAAUUGAUGGUGCACAUGCAUCUUUUCGUAGAUAUACAGGAGGUAUUUACAAUGAGCCCAAGUGCAGACGUGAUUCCCCUAACCAUGCGAUGCUGUUGGUCGGCUAUGGCUAUGAAGGCAGAGAGUCUGAGGGCAGGAAAUAUUGGCUGGUGAAGAACAGCCAUGGUGAUAAUUGGGGAGAAAAUGGCUACAUGAAGAUUCCCAGAGAUCACUUCAACUACUGUGGAAUUGCUUCCUAUGCCAUGUACCCUACAUUGUGA